AUGCAUAACGGUGAAGAUUUAGUGGGCGUUAGUUAUCCGGCAAUGAGAUACCAGCCAGUCAAUAGGACGUCCAGAAGAAAGGUUUCUAACUUUCCAGUAGACACAUUCGACCUCAGGGUGCACGUACUAGUAGGCUACAUGGAGGAGGCUAUCCGUCGUCCUUUACCAAAUCAGGUUUUUGAUGAAACAGAUGACGACAAUGAUAUUGAAUCAGUUAAGUCCAGUGGAGAAGAAAUGAGCGAUGAUGAUGAUGAUGAUGAUGAUGAUGAUGAUGAUGAUGAUGAUGAUGAUGAUGAUGAUGAUGAUGAAAUAAAUGACAUGUAUAACGAGUAUGACAAUCUUGGGAGUUUCUUCACUGAAAAAGACGGUACCCAAGAGCCUUAUGAAGUCUAUGUUCGGUUCUCAUUCAGUCCUCUGCCCGAUGACGACGAGGCAAACAUUGAUGACGGAAACAUCGAGGAAACCGGAACAGAAAAUGACCACGCAGAGUCAUCGAAUCCGCGUUGGGAGUCGUGUUCUAAGAAUGGAAGUGAAAAUGUGAAGAGAUCGAGUUCUACGUGCCUUAAUUGCUUCAAAAUGACUUACCGCGAAGACGACGAAGUGAAACCCACAAAGUCCGUGAAAAGACCUAGUACUUUCCGUAGAGUGUUCAACUUUUCCCACAAAUUCCAGCGUUGGAUAAAUUUCUAA